GUUGCGGGUCCCACUGGGGCUGGGAAGUCAUCGUUUAUCAACAUGUUCUGCGGUUCCGAGUUGAAAGUCGGACACAACUUGCGUUCGUGCACAACUGCGAUCGAAGUUGCGUCGUGCAAACUCGAAGGGCAAACGAUCGUGAUGAUAGACACCCCUGGCUUCGACGACUCGGAGCGAUCACAAGCAGAUAUUUUGAAGCAGAUCGCAGACUACUUGGAAUUUAGCUAUGGUCAUGGACAGAAGCUGACUGGCUUAAUCUACCUGCACCGUAUAUCGGACGAUCGCUUUGGCGGGAUUGCACGUGAGAACUUUAGGCUCUUCUCGAAGAUUUGUGGAGACGAUGCCAUGCGAAAUGUCCUUAUCGUGACAACGAUGUGGGAAGAGGUGCAUCAGGAGGUAGGAGAGAGGAGGGAAGGGGAGCUGAUGAAUAAGGAGAUUUUCUUCAAGGGCGCUCUCAAUCACGGUGCUCGUAUGUGUCGUCAUCACAAUACGGUGCUUUCCGCGAGGAACACCGUCAGAGAGCUCCUCGGCUUGUCUCCCCGAGUGGUACAGAUGCAGCACGAGAUUGUCGACGAAUGCAAAGACCUUCCGCAGACUGCAGCAGGAGAGGAGUUGCAGAGCGAACUGGAGAGACAGGCAAAGGAUUACCACCAGAGAAUGCAGGACCUACAGGAAGAAAUCGACGUCGCGUUAGCGAGGAAGGAGCUCCUGCAUCAAGAAGACCUACAGUCUCUCCGAAAUCAAUUAACUGCGAUUGAGGCCAAGCUGUUGAAGGUCCAGGGCGAUGUCAAAAAGAUCAAGGCAGACACCAGGCGGAGAGACAAGAUGCAUGGGAAUCUGUGGGGGAGAUUUUUCAGGGAACCAGAUCGGAGGUGGCCGCCGGUCACCUAUAUCCCAGACAGAACAUGCAGCAUGUGA